AUGGCGCGCGAGAUGGAGCGACAAGUCAAGGACGCCAUGGACCACUGCCUCGAGAAACUCGCGAAUAGGUGCGCGGUCGUCGACGCCGGAAAAGACCACGCCGCAUUCCCGCGCGAGGGCCUGUGUUUUUUGAGAGUGACGGGCAGCCAACAAAGAAAAAUACUGUGGCCCGCCUGGCUCUUAUCAAAGGGCCUGGCCGUCUCAAACGACGACAAAAGAAAAAUUGUCUGUUACGGGAGCGGCUGGCAACUGGAAGUUAACAUAGAGGAACUGGUCGAGUACGACCCGUCGCUGACGUACAAGUACAAGCGGUUAGGUGGUGGUUUGUAUGCCGAGGCCUUUGUGGAAGCCGAGGCGCGACGGAGUUUAGGUGAAGACGAAGAUGAACAAAAGGCGUUUUCCGAGCUCGUGACCCAGAACCUGGAAGCGUGUAGGGAUCCGGUCCUGUUAGGCAGGUUAUAUGCGGAACAUCUGCGGCGCAUCGAGGAGAUCCCGUCGGACAAUGAUUUGUUGGUCGUGCGGUGGCGGACCGACCUCGGAGAAGACUGGUGGCCCGCAAAAGUCAUAAAAACGGUUGAGGAUAAUGUGGAGGUCGUGUACACGGGUUAUGAAGGUGAUGAUGGGAGCGAGACCAUCGAGCUGGGCGGCGACCUGUGGACGGCGGACGUGCGCUGUUUGGGCGACGACCGCGAGCCCGUUUUUGAUGCGAGGGAUGCGGCGUUAUUGGAUGGCGGGGAUUUUGGGGACAUGGCCGUCGAGGCGGAGGACGACGAUGAGGAAUAUAAGCGGUACAAGACGGACUCGGAGGAGGACUUGUAUGAUGAUAAUGGGAUUCAAAUCGCGCGGAAGAAGCGCAAGAAGGGGCAGGAUGACAAAGGCUCCGAGAAGAAGGCUAAGAAGGCGCCUCGAAAAAAGCGCGAGGCGCGAAUGCGGCCCAAGAAGGUGCACCUCGCGUCGGAGAUCGCCAUCCGGCGCGCGCAGUGGUCCGUGGGCGCGCGGGCGCCGGCCGUCGUCAACAAGCCGCCGCCACAACAGGCCGAACCUGUUGAAGACGACUCCAUCCCGCGCUGGAAGCGCGCUUUAUUAGCCGCGGCGCCGCCGCCCGCGCCGGCGCGCCGGCCGGCGUCGACACGCGCCGCCGAAGACGACGACUCCGGCAAACAAAAGCGGAGCACGCUCGCGAACAAGCGCGCCAAGGCGCCGCGGCCCUCCGCUUUAGAAUUGCUGGGCGCCAUUCGCGCGCCGACGGAGAGCUUGGGAAACGCGCCCAAGGCCGCCGUCGCGACGCAGAACGACUCGCGCAACGCCGCGACCGAGGCGGCGCGCGACCGGGCCCGCGAGGUCGAGGCGGCCAUGUUGAGAGCCGGCCGCGGCGUCGCGCCGCCCCCGGCGCCGCCGCCCGCGCCCGCGCCCGCGCGCAAGGGCGCAGAAAUCGACGACUUCCACGUCGACGAGUUCGAGGCCGGGCGCCGCCGCGCGCCUUCAUCGAAGUCCGACCUGCCGACCUACCAGCGGCCCAACGCCUCGAAGCCCCUGCCGCCGGGCUGGACGGCGAAGUGGUCCGCGCGCAAGCAGAUGUACUACUACACGCACAAGGCCAAGGGUUUAACCAGGUGGACGCCGCCGCGCGAGGAGACCGCGAAGUCGCCCCGUAAAAAAAAACCGGCGCCGGCGCCUCCAUCGAACGACGACGCCCUGAAGCGCGCGCGCGCGACGCUCGCGGCGCUCGAGGGCUCGCUGCCCGACUCCGCGCCGCCCGUCCCGGCGGACGCGCUCGCCGCCGCGGCCGCCGCGAGCCGCUGGGACGCGCCGCCGCCCGACGCCCAGGGCGCCGCGGCGCAGCGGUACGUCGAGCAGCAGCGCCGCUACGACGCGCCGGCCGGCGGCUUCGCGCCGGCGCCGCCUGCCGCCCCGGGGUGGCGCCCGCAGCCGCGCGCGCCGCGGCCCGGCGAGGUCGUGCGGGAAUUAUCCGUCCCGAGCCAACACGUCGGUCUCGUCGUCGGCAAGGGCGGCGCGAACUUGGACAGAAUGAGGAGAUUGUACGGCGGCGUCGACACCCGCCUCGGACAGGCCGACGAGCCGGGCACGGCGCCACCGCAGCGGCGCGUCGCGUUCACGGGCAUGGCGCCGGACGUCGACAGGGCCAUGGCAGACGUCGCGGGGCUCAUGCGCCAGCGCGGCGCCGCGGCGACGCCGGUCAACGCCGGCGCGCCGUCCCAGGACCCACGCAUCGCCGCCGCGAUGCGGGCGGCGGCCGCCUUCUCCGCGCCGCCGCCCCCGCCGGCCGCGCCCGCGCCGUGGGUGAACCCCCUCGCGCCCGGCGGCGCCGACGCGGCCGUGACGCAGCUCCUGAUGGAGGCCGACCUCAGUACGCGUCCCGGGUUCGCGCCGCAGCCCCCGCCGCCGAGCGGUUUUGCGCCCGCGCCGCCGUUCGGCGGUUACGCGCCGGCGCCGCCGAACCCGCGCGGCGGCGAGCGCCGGCCCCCGGGCCACUCGGGGCCCUACCGGCGGAACUAG